AAGUGGCGUGGGCAUACAUGGAGUCAGCCUACCUCGGCCAAAUGGAGAUGAACAUCGCUGCAGUGAGGAGGAAGCUACUGCUGCUGAGCAUGGAGCCGAAGGAAGCCGUCAUCGAGUACAUCAAUCGAGCCAAGAGCUACAACGACGAUUUGGCCGCAAUGGGAGCUGAGGAGAACGAAAAGGCGAUGAUGGGUUACAUUGUCAACGGGCUCUCGAAGGAAUGGGCAGCAGAUCGACCUGCGUUGAUUUGCAAUCCACCUGCAAAUAUGACGAAGCUUCUGGAGAUGCUGCAAGCCUUGGCGAUAUCCAAGGAGGAUAGCGAUCGAUUGCUACUCGAACCCCAACAGCCGGAGUUACAGGGGAACACAGCAGCAAGGGAUGUGCCUGAUGGCAAAAGGGGGUGGAGAAGCUGCAUGGUAUAUGGACAGUGGGUGCACACAGCAUAUGACCAAUCACACUUGAAAAGUGUACCUGUAGAGGAGCUGCGGAAGGAAGCGGUAUCGAUGGUGGCAGCAGCGGCUAAGCUUCCAGAGAAAAUGGCUGCACAGGGGAGAAAGGAGAUGGAGCAGCAGGAGAUAGAGCCAGAGGAGAAGGAUGCAACGACCAAGGAGUUGGGGCGAGGGAAGAGGGAGAAGAAGAGAAACCCUAAGUACGUUCACUUGCUCAUGACUCCAUGGAAGAACUUAAUGCCCAUGCCAGAGGGAAGGAGUGCAGUCGGGGUGAAAUGGGUCUUCAAGAUUAAGACAGGAGACAAGGGGCAGCUGGAGCGGUUUAAGGCUAGGUUAGUGGCGACACCGACACACAGGUAGAGGGGAUCGACUACACCGAUACUUAUGCUCCUGUAAGCAAGCUGACGACUGCAAGGGCAUUUCUCAAGGUUAUAGCAGCAAGGAACUACUUUCUAGUGCAGCUGGACAUCAAGAACGCUUUUCUGCAUGGGGUAGUUAAGGAGGAGCUGUAUAUGGAGCAGCCACCAGGGUUUGAGGACGGCA